AUUACCAAAUUAACUGGCUCAAACAACUCUUCGUUUUUCACAAUCGCACGGAAAGAACUAUUUCAUAGCAAAAAUGGGGCCCACAAAAGUGCCAAGAAAAUACUCACUGUCAUCACAGAUGGGCAGAAGUACCGAGACCCCCUGAAUUACAGCGAUGUCAUCCCCCAGGCGGAGAAAGCUGGGAUUAUCCGCUACGCCAUCGGGGUGGGAGAUGCUUUCCAGGAGCCUGAUGCCAGGCGGGAGCUGAACACAAUCGGCUCAAUGCCCUCACAGGACCAUGUGUUCAAGGUGGGCAACUUUGCAGCCCUUGGCAGCAUCCAGAAGAAGCUGCAGGAGAAGAUCUUUGCAGUGGAAGGAACCCAAUCAAAGACAAGCAGCUCCUUUCAGCAUGAGAUGUCCCAGGAAGGCUUCAGUGCAGUUUUCACAAUGGAUGGACCCGUCCUGGGGGCUGUCAGGAGCUACAGCUGGUCUGGAGGUGCCUUCCUGUACCCCCCAAAGGGGAGCCAGCGGAGCAGGUGGCAGUGUGAGGCUCUUCUCCGUGGGGAGCAGGGCCAUCCCUGGGGCCGCUUUGGGGCAGCCCUGACAGUGCUGGGGGACGUGAAUGGGGACAAGCUGACAGACGUGGCCAUCGGGGCUCCUGGAGAGGAGGAGGACCGGGGCGCCGUUUAUGUGUUUCAUGGCGUCUCAGGACUGGACAUCAGCCGGUCCCACAGCCAG